UUCCGACUCUUCACAAGCAGUACUAUCACCUCUAGGGUUUUGUUCUGCCACUCUACUGCCUUACAAUAUAAGCCGUAUCUCCUUUAUCUUUCAUCCAUUUAUCUCUCCCUCUCGCCGCUGCAUUUCCAACCCUAACUCGCGGCUUUAUUUUCUUCUCAGGGUUCUUUCAGUAGCUUCUAGUAGACUUUUAUAUUGGUCGUAUUGUGUGUCUUGAGCAGAAGCAAAAAUGGUGAAGUUCACAGCUGAUGAGCUCCGUGCUAUCAUGGAUUGCAAGCAUAACAUCCGUAACAUGUCUGUCAUUGCCCACGUGGAUCACGGGAAAUCAACGCUUACAGAUUCUUUGGUAGCUGCUGCUGGUAUCAUUGCCCAGGAGGUGGCUGGUGAUGUACGUAUGACUGAUACCCGUGCAGAUGAAGCUGAGCGUGGUAUUACCAUUAAGUCCACUGGAAUUUCUCUCUACUAUCAGAUGACCGAUGAAGCUUUGCAAUCUUACAAGGGAGAGCGUAAGGGUAAUGAUUAUCUCAUCAAUCUUAUUGAUUCCCCUGGGCACGUUGACUUCUCAUCUGAGGUCACAGCUGCUCUUCGUAUCACUGAUGGGGCCCUUGUCGUGGUUGACUGUAUUGAGGGUGUAUGUGUCCAGACAGAGACUGUCCUUCGCCAGGCUCUUGGUGAGAGGAUUAGGCCUGUUCUUACUGUUAAUAAGAUGGAUCGCUGCUUCCUUGAGCUUCAGGUUGAUGGAGAAGAGGCUUACACAACAUUCCAGAAGGUUAUUGAGAAUGCAAAUGUCAUCAUGGCCACCUAUGAAGAUCCCCUUCUGGGUGAUGUCCAAGUUUACCCUGAAAAGGGAACAGUGGCUUUCUCAGCUGGUCUCCACGGAUGGGCAUUUACUUUGUCCAACUUUGCUAAGAUGUAUGCAUCCAAGUUUGGAGUUGAUGAGUCUAAGAUGAUGGAACGUCUUUGGGGUGAGAACUUUUUUGACCCAGCCACCAAGAAGUGGACAACCAAGAACUCUGGCAAUGCCAGUUGUAAGCGUGGUUUUGUUCAAUUUUGCUAUGAGCCCAUCAAACAGAUCAUCGCUACUUGCAUGAAUGAUCAAAAGGAUAAACUUUGGCCCAUGUUGACAAAGCUUGGGAUCCAGAUGAAGACUGAAGAAAAGGAUCUGAUGGGUAAGGCAUUGAUGAAGCGUGUUAUGCAGACCUGGCUGCCAGCUAGCAGCGCUUUGCUUGAAAUGAUGAUCCAUCAUUUGCCAUCCCCUGCAACAGCUCAGAGAUAUCGUGUUGAGAACUUGUACGAGGGUCCUAUGGAUGAUGUCUAUGCCACUGCCAUCAGGAACUGUGACCCUGAGGGACCUUUGAUGCUUUACGUGUCUAAAAUGAUUCCUGCAUCUGAUAAGGGUAGGUUCUUUGCUUUUGGCCGUGUAUUUGCUGGAAAGGUUUCAACUGGUAUGAAGGUCAGAAUCAUGGGACCUAACUAUGUUCCCGGUGAGAAGAAGGAUCUUUAUGUUAAGAAUGUCCAGAGGACUGUCAUUUGGAUGGGAAAGAAGCAGGAAACAGUUGAGGAUGUUCCCUGUGGAAACACUGUUGCUCUCGUUGGUCUGGAUCAGUAUAUCACAAAGAAUGCUACUCUUACGAAUGAGAAGGAAUCGGACGCCCAUCCCAUUCGUGCUAUGAAGUUCUCUGUGUCUCCUGUUGUUCGUGUUGCUGUGCAGUGUAAGGUUGCUUCGGAUCUUCCCAAGCUUGUUGAAGGUCUAAAGCGUUUGGCAAAAUCAGAUCCUAUGGUUGUCUGUAGUAUUGAGGAGUCUGGAGAGCACAUUAUUGCUGGUGCUGGUGAACUCCAUCUGGAAAUCUGUUUGAAGGAUCUGCAGGACGACUUCAUGGGUGGAGCUGAAAUUAUCAAGUCUGACCCAGUUGUGUCCUUCCGGGAGACAGUCCUUGAUAGGUCAGUCCGUACCGUAAUGAGCAAGUCCCCCAACAAGCACAAUCGUCUGUACAUGGAAGCCCGCCCAAUGGAAGAGGGGCUUGCUGAGGCCAUUGAUGAAGGGCGAAUUGGCCCAAGAGAUGACCCAAAGAACCGUUCCAAGAUCUUGGCUGAGGAAUACGGCUGGGACAAGGAUCUUGCGAAGAAAAUCUGGUGUUUUGGUCCUGAAACUACUGGUCCCAAUAUGGUGGUUGAUAUGUGUAAGGGAGUCCAGUAUCUGAAUGAAAUCAAGGACUCUGUUGUUGCUGGUUUCCAGUGGGCUUCAAAGGAAGGUGCUUUGGCUGAAGAGAACAUGAGAGGUAUCUGCUUUGAAGUCUGUGAUGUGGUUCUUCAUACUGAUGCCAUCCAUCGUGGUGGUGGCCAGAUUAUUCCAACGGCUAGGAGAGUCUUCUAUGCUUCCCAGCUGACUGCCAAGCCCAGAUUGUUGGAGCCCGUCUACCUUGUUGAGAUCCAGGCUCCUGAAAACGCUCUCGGUGGUAUCUACAGUGUUCUGAAUCAGAAGCGUGGGCACGUGUUUGAGGAAAUGCAGAGACCUGGUACUCCCCUCUACAACAUCAAGGCGUACCUCCCUGUCGUUGAGUCAUUCGGAUUUUCAAGUACCUUGAGAGCUUCAACUUCUGGUCAGGCUUUCCCCCAGUGUGUGUUUGAUCAUUGGGAAAUGAUGCCUUCUGACCCUCUGGAGGCAGGAUCACAAGCUUCAACCCUUGUGUCAGUUAUCCGUAAGAGGAAGGGAUUGAAGGAACAAAUGACCCCGCUUUCUGAGUUUGAGGACAAGCUAUAAUAAUAUCAUGAUCGUGGAUUAUGUCUGUGAAGUGAACUUGCCAUUUAUGUUGCUAUUUUCCAUCUCUUUUUCCCUUCAUAUUAGUGAAACUGUUUUCAUAAGUUAAGAAUCGUUUCUGUCCCUGUUGGGGGUUUUAACCAAUUAUUGUAGUAGAAUUUUUAACAUCUUUCCUUCUUAUGUGCUGGUACUACUUGAUUUUUUUAUGUGAGAACCGAAGUUUUGAAAAA